GGGUAUUAUCGUAAAUGCAGCAGCAUCUCUCAAAAUCGUUAUCUGUUAUCCACAAAUUCAAACGACUGAUAAUUCACCACCAUUUGCAGAACGAAAAGGAAAUGGCAUCAUUCUCUUCACUACUCCCACUCGGUUGUAUAUUUGGAAAGGGUAAUGCCUUCAGUCACCAAAGAGCACAUAAAAUCAGAGUUAGUGCCUUAGCUUCAGAACCUAGGUUACAGGAUGAGUGUGCUGUCAUGAACCGGAGAAGCCUGAUGAAUGUCGGAGUUGGGCUUUUAGGACUCGUGGGCGGUGCUACUUUGGCUGAAGCAGCUGGAUUGCCCCCGGAGGAUAAGCCGAAGCUAUGUGAUGAUGCGUGCGAGAAAGAGCUUGAAAAUGUUCCAAUGGUAACGACUGAGUCGGGCUUGCAAUACAAGGAUAUACAAAUUGGUAGCGGACCUAGUCCUCCUAUUGGAUUUCAGGUAGCUGCAAAUUAUGUUGCCAUGGUUCCUUCUGGCCAAAUAUUUGACAGUUCACUGGAGAAAGGUCAGGUUUACAUUUUCCGGGUCGGCUCUGGUCAGGUGAUCAAGGGGUUAGAUGAGGGGAUUCUCAGCAUGAAAGUUGGAGGCAAAAGAAGACUCUACAUCCCCGGACCGCUAGCAUUUCCCAAAGGGCUGACUUCAGCUCCGGGAAGGCCACGUGUCGCUGCCAACAGCCCGGUGAUCUUCGAUGUUAGUCUGCUGUUCAUCCCGGGGCUGGACGAUGAGGAGUAACUCUCAUUCAACAUUCUCUACUCCCAUUGGUUUAUUCUUUUGGAUAUAUACCUCUGCUGUAAAAAUAUUGAUUGCUACCUUGUAAAGAUCCGGUUUUCCAAGCAACUUCGAGUCUACUACUACAGGUAUGCUUGUAUGUAUAUGUAGUUGUUGAACUCUCA